UUAUGGACGUACAUCUUAACUUCAUAAUGCUAUUUGUUAUUCCCUCAUCAGUAGUACGAGUGAUAGCCGGCUCGUUCCUCCUAUGGGUUCUCUUAUCUACCAUAAUCCCUCAGGCGAUCACCAAAUUCCGUGAUCCAUCGGUCAAAGCCAACUCAUUCUCGGGGCCAGUUUAUCCCUACACAUCUAUAACUCCAUUUGAUUCGGUGCCAAUCCGCAACAGCACCGUCUAUUAUGUCAUUGGCCAUCCUGACGAUGAGGUGAUGUUUUUCUCCCCGUCAAUUCUCGAGCUUUCCAAGCCUAUUUACCACAAUACCCUCAAGCUCAUCUGUUUGUCUGUGGGGGAUGCAGUAGACUCAAGUUACGGACCAAUUCGUAGCAGAGAAUUACACGAGUCAGCCAGGAUCCUAGGUCUACACCAUGAUGACGUGGUAGUGGCUGAUGAGUUCAAGGAUGGUAUGGACGAGACGUGGGACCAUUCACGUAUCAGCCAGGUGUUGUCUCACCACAUCAGUGAAAAGUCCAACGUGGUGAUAGUGACGUUUGACGAACUAGGGGUCUCUGGCCACCCCAACCACAUUUCUUUGUACCACGGAUGCCGAAUGUUUGUGCAAUCAUCCACAAAUAUAAGUAUGUACAAAUUGAAGACACUCAACUUUUUGGAAAAGUACUCUUUCACGGUGCUCACCAACAUCGAGUUAAUGGUGGACCACGUUCUGCAGUUGGUGUUGAGCAAAAUCCUCAAGUUCAACAUCAACAUCGGCAUCAGCUUGUUCAACACGCCCAAAAAUGCUACAGGUACCAAAAUAUAUUCUGAUUUAAAUAUGUUAAGUGUUAGCUAUGCUGCCAUGGCCUACGGACACUUUUCGCAGAUGGUGUGGUUCCGGUACGGGUGGUUGGUCUUCAGUCGGUACUUGACCUUUAAUCACCUCAUAGAGGCAUAAUACCAUAGCACAUUUACAUUCAUAAUGACAUUAAACGUUUCGGAAUCCAAACUGAGUCUGGCACCAAUUGGACCCAUGCUCGUAGUACUCCUGCUUGGAGAUGGUGACUUUAUCUAUAAUUUCACUCUGACAUAACUCAGCGCCGCCGUACCAGCUGGCCACAUCGGGCUUGUGGUCUCCGCUGGAAACCACCUGUACUUUCCAGUCCAGGGGGAGCUCUUUGGCCAAUUCAUCUUCAAGUCGAGUACUAAACCCGGGUACUAAACUGGUACCUCCCACCACCG